CCUGGCGCAGUGAUGGGGGGAUUUUCUUUUCCUGACUGGGAAAUUGAAAAGUGGAGGAAAAUUUUUUGGACCGAUUCCCUUGGACUCAGUUUUUUAAUUACGUCAUUUAUCACGUGACUAUUUGGACCGUGAAUUUGUAUGGAUUUAACCCAGGCUGGACCCCUUAAGAAAAGAGUUAUAUUGUUAAGAAGAAUUAUUUUGCCCCACGUCCAAAUUGCUUCCCUCGGCCCUAUAUUUUGUGCUCCCAAAGAUAUGUCACACUAUAGACUAAACACCCUUAACCACCAGAGGACUCAGCAGCAUUGUUCAGUAGCAGUUCUCGGGCUGUUUAAGUAAACCACUUUUCAAACGUGGAGUUUCAUUUCCUACCUCUUAGUACUCCAUGCUUAUAUCAUAUAUUGUGAUUGACUGAAGCUUACUGAACAAAACAAUGUGAUAGAUAAUGUUAUUAUUGUCACUAGAGUACUUUAACAUUUCCUUAUGGCCUUAUUUAUAAUUUAAUAAUUUAAUUAAUUCGAAGUUCUGGAAUGGAGUAUGGAUAAUGUUAAUGGAUACAUUAAAAUUAGGUUAAAUCGGAAAGAGUGAGCCCAAGUUUUACUACGCUAUAAUUGAAAUAUAAAAAAAUUAAGAAAUCGGCGUCAAGUUCAAUAGAAAAAUCUUUCAGCCCCUUAUGAUUAAUAUAUGGUUUAGCUACAUCUAUAUCAAAUUGCUAUCAAAGGUUUUCUGGCAUUGAUAUGCAAACUUUCACUAUAAAUACUACUCUACUGGAAAAUUAUGUUUGACUUAUGAAAGUUCUGUAGCAAUUUUAAACUUAAUUUGUCAUGAAUAUGUUGACGGUUGAGAAGGACAGCAGCUAGUCCAGUAGAGGCUUUAAAGAGUAGUUGAAAAAAUUGUUUCGAAAAGCAGCCAUUUUCGAGAAGUGAAAACCAGCAAACUUAUUGGAAUUAACAGUGUUCUAUCUUGGGCAGUGGCUGACAAGCGUUGUAAACUCUUUCUACUUGCCUUAACCUGCAGCCCAAUUUCCAUUCUUCAAGUGGGGCAUAAUUGCAGCAUGGUUGUCGACUUUGUACUAAAAAGUCUUGAAAACCUACAAAUAUUUUCAGGAAUAUUUUAAAUUUUUGUAUCACGUAUUUCAACCUUAAAAUAGUUAUGACAAUUUGCAGCACUCUACAAAAUUACUACAUCAUGCACUGUCCUACUAGUGUGUGUUAAAAUUACGUUGCAAGAAACUAUGCAGAAAAACAAUUAAACUGCAGGUCAAGGAAUAGCAAGUAAAAAAAGCCCCAUCCUUUGAAGAGCUUUUGGGUUAGCUGGUUAUUAACUAGUGUGCAGAGAUGACUGCCUUUAAGUAGGUUCAGUGGUGUCAUCUGGUAAGGUAUGGAUCAGGGCAUUCACCUUCUCACGCAGUUUACAAGCUUGACAUUUUGUUUAUGUUUACAUUGAUUGCUUGGAAAUUCAUGUUAUAAAACAAGCUGAAAUUUCAUCCAUCUCUUUGCAGUUUUACCCUAUCGUACUCUAUGUAAAUCUGUUUCAGAUUAUUCUGUGUAUCUUAUGGCAGGUGACCGAAUCUCCUUAAAGCUAGCAACAAGUUAGAUGCUGUAUAUGAAGCCACCAUUAUAAUAGCAGCUUUUCCUUCUCAACCGUUAAUGUAAAGCUCAUUAGCUUUGUAUUGAAAACUAUACCACCUAUAGAAUAUGUUAACUACUUAACCACUUAAGGAUCCACUAAAGAUUUAUUAAUCCAUUUAAAGAUGAUGGGGCAUUGCAAUAAGAAAUGAGUCGAUAAGACAGUGAAUUAUCUACAAAUAUUUUAUAUUGUUUGUAAAUGACUUGGUUGAAGAAGUUAUGCUUAUUGUUUUCUAAAAAAAACUUCAUUUUAUACAAGUUUAUGUUUAUUCAUAUGUUUUUGAUCAUAAUGUAAAUUUGUUUGAUCUUAAACUAUAAUAUUUGCUUUUAUCAUUACUUGAAAAUUAUACCUAGAAUACUUUAAAUUGUACCAUGUCAGAUGAAGAUGAUAAACCUCCAGCACCUCCUGUUCGCCUAACAUCUAAUAGGGCGGAAACGACAUCAAAUCUUCCAGUAGAUAUGCGACCAUUACCCAAAGAACCAGAUUUUGAUGAAAAGAAAAAAAGAAAUACAAAAAACAAAAUGAGAUUAAAAGAUAAUAAAGAUAAACCUAACAUUAGUUAUCCCACUAAUUUUGAGCAUACUGUCCACGUUGGAUUUGACGCUAUAACUGGAGAAUUUACAGGAAUGCCUGAAGCUUGGGCAAGACUGCUUAUGUCCAGCAACAUAAGUAAACAAGAGCAAAAGAAAAAUCCCCAAGCAGUAUUAGAUGUAUUAAAUUGGUACGAUCAUAGCAGUAAGGAGAUUAAAGGCUCAAAAUAUAUGACUACAAUGCGUACAUUUGGUGGUAUUGAUUCGUGUAAUGGUGGAAUAUUUCAAACUUCAUUGGACAGAGCUAAUAGCCCAAGAAACCUUGGAGGAACAGUAUUUAAUUCAAGCAACAUUCGUAAUCAAGUAAUAUCUCAAACUUCGGGUAGUAUACAUUCUCAGCAUUCAUCAAGCAGAGUAAGUAGUAGCAGCCCUAGUAGUACACCAACUGACGCAUGUGCAACGAGUUCUGAACAUGAAGAUGAACCAUCGCCACCGCCUGUGACUGCUCGGCCCGAUCGUACUAAAUCCAUUUACACGAAACCAAUUGAUGAGGGACAUUCUUUACCUCUGUCGUCCUUGACGACGAGUUCGAUUCAAAAAAAUGGUGUGCCUCAAGUUCCGCAUCAAUCAGCUCUCUUGGAUCGUAACAAAAAUCAAGCCCUAUCUACUCCAACUAUAAUAACGGACCAAUCCCGUGUCCAAAAUGAUAAAUCACGUAAAAAAAAAAUGACGGAUGAAGAAAUAUUAGAAAAGUUACGGACUAUUGUAAGUGUUGGCGAUCCAAAUCGAAGAUACACGAAAAUGGAGAAAAUUGGUCAAGGAGCAUCAGGAACUGUUUACACAGCAAUUGAAAGUUCGACUGGUAUGGAAGUAGCUAUAAAGCAAAUGAACUUAUCACAACAACCUAAAAAAGAACUGAUAAUAAAUGAAAUAUUAGUAAUGAGAGAAAAUAAACAUCCUAACGUAGUGAAUUAUUUAGAUAGUUAUCUCGUUGGUGAAGAACUAUGGGUUGUAAUGGAAUACUUGCCGGGUGGAAGUUUGACUGAUGUUGUUACUGAAACUUGUAUGGAUGAAGGUCAAAUCGCAGCAGUUUGUAGGGAAGUUCUUCAGGCGUUAGAGUUUUUGCACUGCAAUCAAGUCAUUCAUAGAGAUAUUAAAUCUGAUAAUAUUUUGUUGGGUUUAGAUGGAGGUGUAAAAUUAACUGAUUUUGGUUUUUGUGCUCAAAUUUCUCCAGAACAGAGUAAACGUACAACUAUGGUAGGAACACCAUACUGGAUGGCUCCGGAAGUUGUUACAAGAAAACAAUAUGGACCUAAGGUUGACAUAUGGUCAUUGGGUAUAAUGGCUAUUGAAAUGAUAGAAGGAGAACCACCAUAUUUGAACGAAAACCCUUUAAAAGCAUUGUAUUUAAUUGCAACAAAUGGAAAACCAGAUAUAAAAGAAAAAGAUAAAUUAUCAAGUAUCUUUCAAGAUUUUUUAGAUCAAUGUUUAGAAGUGGAAGUGGAAAAGCGAUCAUCAGCUUCUGAAUUAUUAAAGCAUCCGUUUUUGAAACUUGCAAGGCCUCUUGCAUCAUUAACACCACUGAUAAUGGCAGCCAAAGAAGCUGCAAAAGAAGCUGCAAAAGAAGCUUCCAAGGGACACUGAAAAUAUGUUCAUUGGAUGCAAAUUGUAAAGUUAAUAAAAAAUCAGAAAAACAACAUUUUACCUGCAAAAGUUUUAUGAAAAUAUUUCAUUUUGUAAGAAGCAUAUAUAAAUUUAUUUAACUGAAUAAAUAAUCUAAGCGACCAACAAACGCUUAUAAUAAUAAGGCAA